GCUCAAGCAAACAAACAAAGGAGGAAUAAAAGAAGCAAGGGAGCCGUUUCAAAGGCACAUCCCACCUACUACUACUACUACUACUUCUUCCCCGUGGGCCAUAUUUUCAGGCAGUGUUUUGACGAUUUUCUCGAAGGAUUCAAAAUGGUUAAUGUAAAGAUUGGUAUCAUUGGAGGCUCUGGACUCAAUAAUCCAAAACUUUUUGAAGACGUUCAAGAAUGUAAAGUGACAACACCCUAUGGUGAUCCAUCAGAUGUUUUGUUGGAGGGGAAGAUUGAUGGUGUUCCUUGUGUACUACUCGCUAGGCAUGGAAGACGUCACACCAUAAUGCCCACCAACGUUAACUACCGAGCAAAUGUCUGGGCCUUGAAGUCAAGGGGAUGUACGCAUGUUGUUGUUUCAACGGCUUGUGGAUCUUUACAGGAGCAUAUCGCUCCUGGAGACUUAGUGAUUAUUGAUCAGUUCAUUGACAGAACCACCAAAAGGCAACAAACAUUUUAUGACGGAGAAGAUGGGCACCCUCCUGGUAUCCUCCAUCUAUCAAUGGAUACCCCAUUCUGUAAGGAUACUAGGCAGAUACUGCUGGAUACCUGCAAAGAACUGGGAUAUUCCGUGCACCCAAAGGGAACAAUGGUAACCAUUGAAGGACCACGAUUUAGUAGCAAAGCGGAAAGUUUGAUGUUCCGUCUUUGGGGAGGUGACGUCAUCAAUAUGACGACAGUGCCUGAGGUUAUUCUUGCCAAAGAGCUUGGAUUAUGCUAUGCAGCUGUUGCUAUGGCAACAGACAUGGAUAGCUGGAAAGCUGGUGAGGAACCAGUAAAUGUGGAGAAAGUGCUGAAAACAAUGAAGAAGAAUUCAGAGAAAGUGACAGUACUAUUGAAGACUGUAAUAUCAAAGAUAGCUGCAGAGGACUGGGAUAGUAGAAUUAAAGCUUACAAGGAAUGUGUUGAAAUGAAUAUCAUGUUACCUCUCCCUCUUUAGUGCUGUCAAGAUGAAGAGCCACACAACCAGUUACAGAGAUGAGUUAUAGUACCAUCACAGAAUUGUUUUUUUUAUGUAUAAGUAUAUUAUGCAAGUAAAUAUAAGUUUGGUGCAAGUGUUUAGAAGACGAUAUCCAAAGAGUUUUUAUUAUUUGAGUAUUUUUGAUAGACAUAAUAGUGUUUAGGAUGUUACUGUGAUAUACAGUUCAACAGGUUAGUAGUAUGUAGUACCAUUUAGCUUUUGUACCUUGCAUUUAGUUAUUAAAAAGUUGGUAUUUUUUUAGCAUGUGCCUGAAGUAAAAUAUUCAAAGUUAGGAUUGUACUAUUUUGGUACCUUUAUAGGUUAAACAAAAUUGUCCUGAUAGUGUAUAAAGGAUGAUACAGUAUGUGUAUUCAUUGUCUUUUAUGUAAUUCAUAAUUAUAUGAAAAAUUUUCUGAGAUAUUU